AUGCUGGUGUCUCUGACCGUCGGCAAGGUCGACGCCGGCGUGGCUGUCCUGCUCACUGAGGACAAGCGACUGAUCGAAUUCCCCUCUAUCCUCCUCCCUCCAUCAAUCACAUCCGGGUCCAUAGUCGACAUCACAGUCGCGCAGAACUUCGACGCCGAGCAGAAGUCUCAAGCAGCCUUCGAAUCUCUACAAUCCCAGAUCCUCAACACAUACGGGCUCCGCGCCCCAGCAACACCAGAACUACGAUUACGGAAUGCGACUCAAAGCACCAUUGUUCUCGAAUGGGACCCCGUACAGCUCGCCACCACAACCCUGCGCUCGCUGGCCCUGUACCGGAAUGGACAGAAAGCAGGCAACAUCCCACGGCCCAUGGACAUGUUGAGCACGAAGAUCAGCGGUCUGCAGAUGAACACAGAAUACUCCUUCUACAUGAUCCUACGAACAAGCGGCGGCACUUACACCAGCAACACCUUAACGGUCAAGACACACGACAUGAGCAACCUCACAGGCAUCAGAGUGACGCCCGGCGUGCUGCCACCACAGCUACGGGAGAGUCUCGAGACUGCCGUUGAGAGGAUCGGCGCCAAAAUCGUGGACUCGCCUCGGAUAGACACCACCCACUUCGUGUGCACAGAAGGAAGAGGGAAAGACUGGGAAAGGGCAAACGAGAUGAACAUCCCAGUCGUGCGACCAGAGUGGAUCGAGGGCUGUGAACGCGAAGGCAAGAUUAUAGGUGUGAGGGGCUACUAUCUGGACGCGAAUCCGAAGCACAGGCAGAUCGGCUCGAACCCAUCGUUAUCUGGCCCAGCGGCGAUGGCCAGUCCUGCUAGCCAGCAGGCUAUGGCGGCGAGUCAAGCGGAGCUACCUGUCAGGCAACAGCAACAGCAGCAGCAACAACCACCAGAUCCGAAAUCGCCUGAUCGCGAGAGUACUGUCAGCGGCGAACCAGGACCGGAAGUCAAUGAGCCGCCAUCUCCCCCACCCAAAGAUGAAGGCGAAGGCCAUCAUUCACAAGAACCUGAGGCGGGAAGUCAUGAUGACGGCGACGAGAGCGAGAAUGAAGGUCCAGAAGUAGCCCCUCCGAGAGUGGCCAACGACGCACGACCAGAAGCUACCUCACAGGAAGUCGAGGAGAGCUCCGACGAGGAAGAGCCGGUGUCUACGGACGGCGCGAGGAAGAGCAGAGAAUCACAGGAGGAUCCAAGAGACAAAGGAGGUGAAAUGGAGGAUGUUGACCUGUGA